GGGCCCGCUCCGCCCGCACCGCGCGCCGCCCGACAAGCUGGAGCGCGGGCGCACCUGCCAACUGCUCGACACGCGCCGCUUCCUCGAGGAAUUGCGUGCCCACCUUCAGGAUGGUCGCCAGGAGCCCGAGUACCAAAUCCGUCUGUGCUUUGGCGAGGAGUACCCAGGGCCCCCAGACCAGCCCGAGGAGCGGCUCAUCAUGGCCCACGUGGAGCCAGUCUUCACCAGUGAGCUCUUCCUGCACUCAAGCACCACUAGGGUGGUAUCCCAGCGGUGGCAGGUCCCCAGCCCAGCAUCGCCGAUGGCGUCACUCACCUGCUCAUGCAGCUGAGUCAGCAGUAAAGGGUCACUUCCUCCUCUCCUACCAUCCGAAGUCACCCCGCUCCCGCGAGUGCGGACCCCACCCCAGACCUGCCCGUGGACUUGGGGCUGCCCAUCGCCCAGGUCAGUGGGGACGAGGGAAGCAGAUCCGCGCCCUUCAACCUCUCCGCCGCAGAGAUGCAGCCCUGGAGCGCGUGGGCGGACGGCACACAGCUGGGCCUGGGAAGUCAGGAGGAAACCAAACUCGACCUUGAGCUUCUGGAAACAGCAAUUAGGGCAGAAACAAGACUUCAUUUCUCGUUGGGAGCCCAACAGGUCUGUGGUGAUAUACCUGCGAGCCCGCUUUACCUGCAACUGAUUCAUUAUAAGGUUUGCUUAAAGCUGGGUUUACCGAUAAUUAGAUCCUCAGGGAUUAGAGAGAAGCCAGGCAGUAACAGAAUUGCCUGGCCUCUAAGGGGCUCUGAGUUUCCAGACCCAUCCUCCCACCUGCUACUAGUCUCUAUUCUUAUGUGGCCAGGGAGGGCUCCCACAGCAGAAAACUUGGCCUGAACUGGGGGGUUUGGGGGUUGACAACUGAACCACCAGCACCAGUAGAUACUGUGUUUGAAGGAAUUCAGGCUGAGUCCCAAACACAGCCCUAGGGCAGAAGCUAAUGUCGGAGGCUUUGCAAACUGCAAGUUGUAGGAAGUCCUUGAGAAUUGGAAGGGAGCCCCUUCAACCAUGAAGGCAACUUGCCUUGGCGGGAAAUUCACUGUUUCCUGCCCCAGAUAUCAGACCUUGUUUCCCUUUUUGAUUUCUGACUUUAUAGAGAUUCUCUUACAGAUGGCAACAUAAUAAAUCUCUGUUAGUGAUACAUUAAUACGCCUCUUUUAUGGUGGGGGAGAGCUGUAUGCUUCGGCAAAGGACAGAAGUCAAUCAGAUCACUGUUUUUUAUUUAUUCAACAAACAUUGAUUGAGCACCCACUCGGCUUCCAGGCCAGUGCUGGACAAAACAGCACAUCCCUGCUGUCUUGGGGUUCAUAGCCUGUGUUCCAGUGGGGGUCCAGUGACUGUCCUGUCUCCCUGCUUCUCUCCUAUAGAAAGGGUGGUGUUAAGGAGUUAUAGAAUACUAGAUUCAAAUCCCAACUUUGUGAUUCACUAGCUGUGUGACCUCAGGCAAGUCACUUAAACUUUCUGAGGCGUAGAUUCUGCAUCUAUUCAAAAGAAGCCAUGAAGGGCUGUAGAGCAGGGUUGGUCCAAGGAGUAAAUGCAGAGAGAGAAGGCAAGUUGUCAGGAGGCUGACAUGGGGAGUGGCACACAGUAGGUGUCCUCUGACUUGGUUACUUAUGGGUGGGAGAGCAUUGACAGGGAAGACCUGACUGCCCUAGGCUUCACUGGCCCAAGGCCCAAGGCUGCAGCUGAUGGGUAGCCUCGGUUCAGAGUGACAUUCCUGAGUCACAUCCAAACCCCUACUCUGUGCUAGACUCUUGGAGGGUGCUGGAUGCCGUGUAAGGGGGCCUGUUGCCUCCUGACCACAGUAUGGACAGCUGAAGAGUCGCCAGCUCCAGUUUAGAGAUGGGAAACUGAGGCUCGGCCAAAGUCAGGGACUUGCUUGAAAAGCCUCUUGGGAGGUGGUGGGGGAAUGUCUCUGCCCAGAUGGCUGUCCUCCCCACACCAGUCACUAGAGGGCGCCGGAGCUCAGCACACGCGGUUUGGCGGUUCUCACCACCUCGGUGGCGCCCGCCCCCAAACGCCCGGGAGCUAGUGUGACCCCAGGGGCUGCACCCUGCUGGGAGGAGAAAGUAGACCUCAGGCCUGGAAGAAGGAGGGGAGAAAAGGGGGAGCUAGAGGCGGGGAUUUGAGGACCCCUGGGGCUUUUCCCACCCGGGGUCCCCAGUUCUCCAGCUCAGCCCCUUUGCAUCUGCCUAGUCUCUCUCCUCAGUGUGCCUCUCUCUGUCUCUCUGCCCUCGUCCCUUGUGUCUGUGCUGUGUCUCCCUCUGCAUCUUCCUCUUUCACCCUCUCUCUGUACACUGAUUUCUCUCAGUGAUUCUUUCUCUGGGUGGUGUGUGCGUGUGCGCGGCUGGCUCUGUGUGUCUCUGUUCUCUCUGCCUUAUCUUCGUCUCUCCGUGUGUGUCUCUGCCUCUGUCUCGCGGUGCGUGUCACUGUUUCUCUUGCUAUGUCUCUACCUCUCUGUGUCUUUCUCUCUUUUGGUUUCUCUGUCUCUGUCUCGCUCGGUUGCCUGUGCUGUCCCUCGCAGCCACCACCACCCAGCACGUGGGGGCUGAGGGUCGCGGUGUCCUCCCUCCUAUUUCCUCACCCCGGCAGCAGCGGCUCCCAGCUUCCCAGUGCGGGCCUCCGUGCCCGCCCCUCUCGGGCCUGGCGGCAGGGAGGGGGCUGAGGGAGGAAGGGAGGGCAGCCUGGUGGGCCCACCCCUUUUUGCCUUUCCAGGCUGGGAGGCUGGGCCAGUGGGCCUUUUAACCAGCCCGGGCAGGCUGUGCCGGACACCGGGCCUGGACGCCUGUGCCUGGCCCCUCCGUGGUCCCAGCAGCCGCCAGCCCCGGCCAGCAUGCAGCAGCAGCCCCUACCCGGGCCCUUGGCCCCUGCGGCCGAGCCCACCAAGCCUCCCUACAGCUACAUCGCUCUGAUCGCCAUGGCCAUCCAGAGCUCACCGGGGCAGCGGGCCACACUCAGUGGCAUCUACCGCUACAUCAUGGGCCGCUUCGCCUUCUACCGCCACAACAGGCCCGGCUGGCAGAACAGCAUCCGCCACAACCUGUCACUCAAUGAGUGCUUCGUCAAGGUGCCCCGCGAUGACCGCAAGCCGGGCAAGGGCAGCUACUGGACGCUGGACCCUGACUGCCACGACAUGUUUGAGCACGGCAGCUUCCUGCGCCGACGCCGACGCUUCACCCGGAGAGCAGGUGCCGAGGGAGCCAAGGGCCCUGCCAAGGCACGUCGUGGACCCCUCAGAGUGAGCAGCCCGGAUCCAGGAGUCCCCGACGCCAUGACUGGCAGGCCGUGCCCCUUCCCACCGGAGCUGCCCGAGCCCAAGGGCUUAAGCUUUGGGGGUCUGGUGGGGGCCUUGCCGGCUAGCAUGUGCCCAGCAACCCCGGAUGCCAGGCCCCGGCCGCCCACGGAGCCCAAAGAGAUGCCCACACCUAAGCCUGCAGGCCCAGGGGAGCUCCCUGUGGCCCCCUCGUCUUCCCCGUGCCCAGCAUUUGGCUUUCCUGCGGGCUUCUCUGAGGCCGAAGGUUUUAGCAAGGCCCCCACGCCCAUCUUGACCCCCGAGGCAGGCAUCGGGAGCAGCUACCCGUGCCGGCUGCAGGCACUGAAUUUCUGCAUGGGGACUGAUCCAGGCCUUGAGCACCUCUUGGCCUCAGCAGCCCCCUCUCCGGCACCACCCACCCCUCCAGCCUCACUCCGGGCGCCGCUUCCCCUGCCAGCUGACCCCAAGGAACCCUGGGUUGCAGGAAGUUUCCCUGUCCAGGGAGGCUCCAGCUACCCAUUGGGGCUGACCCCCUGCCUAUACCGGACACCAGGAAUGUUCUUCUUUGAGUGAAGCCAGCCUGGCCUCAGGCAGUCCCUGCAGGUCCCCUGCCAACCACACCCUCCAGGCUGAGCCUGACUCAAGGAUCUGGGGAGGUUUCAAGAGACCCAGGCCUGACAAGCCAACGACCGGGACAGGAAGCCAAGAUUGGAGUAGUGAACACUCAGCCAGCCUCGGCGCCUCCGGACAGACUUGAGGGAGAGGGGAGGCAGGGCCCCCUUGGGAUUUACUCUGUGGCUCUCAGGGCCAAUAAAACCAGUGUGAUGGAUGA